AUGGCGGAAACCAAUGUGAUGGCCGAAGGUGUGGGUGCGUCUGAUGCGACCGGUAAAACAGUUUUGUAUCUUGAUAUCAGCUCUUUGGAUACAGCUGCUGGGCAAGGCAAUAUACAGAAUAUUGUCAUCAUUAACGGCGGUUUUGGUAACGCAGACAUUUCUAGUGUGCAUGGUGCUAACAUCGAAAAAGUACACGAAGUGCCUCUGGGUGACAUAACGCGGCCUAUUCCUGUUGCUCACUACGAUGAAGACAAGGUCGGACGAAUCGUAGACCUUCUUAAGAACCCGAACACGAAAGACCAGGUUGCACCUGUGGACAUACUGUGGAUCAAGGGUAGUGAAGGUGGCAACUACUUCUACUCUUUUGGUGGCAACCACAGAUUUGAGGCCCACCGCAGGCUUGGGUGCAGAACCAUUCGGGCCAAACUCAUUCGCUCAACACCUGCAGCCCUCAAUCUCUACUUAGGAGGGUCAACGCCAAAUCUCAAGUGAUUGUAGUAGUGCCUAUUGUCGGGUGCAAACUUGUGCCAACAGUUAUGAAUUGAAUUGUGCCUAGUUGCCAUUGCUGUUUCAACCGCGAUUUCAUCUGUACAAAGCUCACAUCAUGAUGAUAAAUGAAAACAGCAAGCUUCUUUUAUUUAUCAUCUGCAUGUGAGGCAUCCCAUUAAUAAAUGUAUAGAGAUACAAAAGACAUCUCUUGUUUUCUGUGUGCCCAUGAGCAUCAUUGCGCACCAUGAGCAUCAUUGAGCAAGAAGUGUGUGGGCAAGGUACCCCACAGAGUAUUCAGACCUUUGCUUCAGAACCUAGGUUUCCCGCUCAUUACAGGUACUGUUUUGGGUUCAAUAAUUUGCACAAUUUGCAGUCAUGGAGCAAAAAUUGCUGAAACGAGAUGUGCAAUAUUUGGGGUGUUAAUGGCGAGGCAUGUGCAAAUAGUAACUUUUGAGGCCAAAUUGAAUACGAAGUGAAAAGUCCCAGAACAGAAUCUAAUCGAAUACUUUUCACCAUUAUUAUAAAACUAAGUUCACAUCCUUGUACUAUAUUCAGCUUAGUGACCUUCUGUGAUUACAUUGCACAAUAUAAUGUAUUGUUGAUUAGACGUGCAAAUGGACCAUUAGGAACAAUUAAGCCAUUUUUUCACAUAUUCAGGGCUCUGUGCGAGUGUGAAUGAUGGUUUAGCUGAAAAAGCCUGGAUUCCUGAGCAGUCUUCUAUAGCGUGUUUCAUUAUGUAACCUUGUUUUUUUUCUCUACUUUGGCUGCCAGGGUAAAAUUUAUUGCACUUUUGAUCCAUUUUUAUGUUUGAUCAUGCACAUACGAUUUAAAAUAUUUAAAAAAUAUUUGUAUUUAGGGAUAGUGACAAUUUGAUUUGAAGACACAAUUGCAUAGGGCGAAAUUCUAUUUGGUUAUGCAAGAGCUUUGAAUAUUUGCAUACUCCUAUUUAUCCUUUAUGAUGAAUGUUGCCUGCAGGCAACAUAUCACAAAAAAUAUUUCUUUUUGCUAAGUUUUGCUAUUGAGUACAAAGUUUCUGGCUAUCUUCGGCCAACACUGAAUGACAACCAACAAGCAUCAUUUGCUGGUUUAGAAAAGGAACACAGGAGGAGGUAGAAGUUCGGCAGGUGACUCGCUUUCUUUUGAAAGCACAGUCAGAGGAGACAGGCCAAUGCAAGAUCUCCGGCUGCAGUGGUGUCACACAUGUGAUGUAAAGCAAAUGAAAUGUGCACCUAUGGUUCACAUAUGACGAGAGCUGUCUACAAAUUCCAAACGAAGCCAUAGGUGGCUUGGGGGAAAGCUUCCAGUUUUCUGCCCGGGGUUUCCCCCCUUAUUGCUGAAAAAGUUUCUGCAAAAUAUUUUUUUCUGUUUGUUGAUUAUGCUUGUUAUUGAUGUGUUCUGCACAUUUAGAUAGAAAAUAAUUUUUUUUGUAUUUAUAUGUGCAGUCAUUAAAGGGUUAAUGGCGAUUAGGUAGUAUACAUUACCUUCAGACUCUCCACUGCUUUUUGCAUAAAUGAAACUUUAUAACCUCAAAGAUGCAUUCAGAAACAUUACAUAUCGGGAGUUUCAUAAGUCUGAGAAAUAUUUUGAGAAAUAGUUUUUGUUUGUGGGGUGUUGGUAUAUUUGCAACCCUGAGAAAUGAAGGCAGUCAAAUUGGGUGAUUUAUGUCCCCUUCAGGUCAUUACACUCAUAAUUCAACAAUAUAAAAUACUACAGAAUCACUAAUGCAAAUAAUGAUCUUGAGAAUGUGUGUGUGUACAUCUGGAGACAUUUCUGAUUGGACCUGAUUUGUGGAAAGAAGUGAGGUAGACAACCAUGUCUUUGCCAUUGGUGCAGGCUUCUGCAUUUGUGACAGUAAGCACAGAACAGAAAGGACAUGGCUGACACAUUUUGUGUUGUCUGUGAAUUUUUAUUCGGCAUACCAUCCCUUAGUGGGCACUUCCUGGAGUGUUCCAUGCAAGUGCUUGUGUUGUGGAGAUGCAUACAGGCCUAAUGGCCUUUAUGCAGUGGGUUUACGCAGUCUCGCCUUGCCUGAAGCAUACAGCAACCCUCUCUGCCCUUGAUUUUGUUUUUCCUGCUAUGUUUUAGCUCUUUUGUUACCGUGGGAAAAUGGGCCACUUUUUGUAGGUUUUUGUGAUUAUUUUUUGUAAUAAAUAUUAUCAUGGUUACA